UUCACGCCAGCUCUCGGACAUCUCGCGUUUGUCGGGCUGCAACAAUUCUGCCACAAGCACCGACAGAAACGAGACGAAACGCCGUCCAGCUUUGCGCGAUCGCCGCUCGCGUCUUCACACGCGGGUCUGAAUUGAGUUUGCGCGUCACAGCCACUCGGAGCGGAUCGCGCGCGGACGGGGCUUUUUUCCUGCGUAUUGUGCGUCAUUUCUGCGUUUCUGCAUUUGCACCCGGGGAAUAUGGCAACACCCGCCGCCGUGAAUCCAUCGGAAAUGGGCACGGAUCUUCCUGGGCCGGUAGCCAUGCCAGGCGCUGUGGUGGGCGCGGGUCAAGUCAGGAUGGCGGGCAGCAUGCCAGGACGAGGUGGCAAGCGGAGAUCAGCGGGGAUGGAUUUUGACGACGAGGACGGGGAGGGACCCAGCAAAUUUUCAAGCAGUGCAACAGAGUAUGACGAUGAUCAAAUUCCUGGUGAUAAGGAACGUUAUGCCAGAGAGAACCACAGCGAGAUCGAGCGGCGCCGACGCAAUAAGAUGACCCAGUACAUCACAGAGCUGUCAGAUAUGGUUCCCACCUGCAGCGCGUUGGCACGUAAACCAGACAAGCUGACGAUCCUGCGUAUGGCCGUCUCACACAUGAAGUCCAUGAGGGGAACAGGGAACACCUCGACUGAUGGAGCCUACAAACCCUCCUUUCUUACUGAACAGGAACUGAAGCACCUGAUUCUGGAGGCGGCUGAUGGUUUUCUGUUCGUGGUGGCUGCUGAGACGGGCCGUGUCAUCUACGUGUCGGACUCGGUGACUCCCGUACUGAACCAUCCGCAGUCCGAAUGGUUCGGCAGCACACUCUUUGAGCAGGUUCAUCCGGAUGAUGUGGACAAACUAAGGGAACAGCUCAGCACCUCCGAGAAUUCCAUGACAGGACGUAUUUUGGAUCUGAAGACGGGGACGGUGAAGAAGGAAGGACAGCAGUCCUCUAUGAGAAUGUGUAUGGGCUCCAGACGUUCCUUCAUCUGCAGAAUGAGAUGCGGCAGCGCACCGUUGGAUCACAUCUCACUGAAUCGGUUAUCCAGUAUGAGGAAGAGAUACAGGAACGGACUGGGACCAUCUAAAGAGGGCGAGGCGCAGUACUCCGUUGUGCACUGUACUGGAUACAUCAAGGCCUGGCCACCAGCGGGCAUGACCAUUCCGGAUGAAGACACGGAAGCAGGUCAAACAAGCAAAUACUGCUUGGUUGCGAUUGGAAGACUACAGGUGACCAGUUCUCCUGUUUCCAUGGAUAUGAAUGGCGUCUCCGUGCCGACUGAAUUCCUCUCUCGCCACAAUUCAGAUGGCAUCAUCACCUUUGUUGAUCCUCGUUGCAUCAACGUGAUAGGCUAUCAGCCUCAGGAUCUUCUUGGCAAAGACAUUCUGGAGUUCUGUCAUCUAGAGGACCAGAGUCACCUGAGAGAAAGCUUCCAACAGGUAGUGAAGCUGAAAGGACAGGUUCUGUCGGUCAUGUACCGCUUCCGCAUGAAGAACCGAGAAUGGAUGCUCAUCAGAACCAGCAGCUUCACCUUCCAGAACCCGUAUUCAGACGAGAUCGAGUACAUAAUCUGCACCAACACCAACGUCAAGCAACUUCAGCAACAACAACAGGCUGAACUUGAAGUUCACCAGAGAGAUGGACUUACUGCCUAUGACCUGUCCCAGGUGCCAGUCGCCAGCGUGCCAGCUGGUGUUCACGAGGCAGGCAAAACCAUCGACAAAACCGAAUCGCUGUUCUCCCAGGAAAGAGACCCACGCUUCAGCGACAUGUAUACUGCAAUCUCUGGAUCUGAUAAGAAGAUGAUGGUCCCAUCGUCGACAACUGGAGGACAGCAGCUCUACUCUCAAGGAAGCCCGUUCCAACCAGGACACUCGGGCAAGAGCUUUGGCUCAUCCGUCAUUCACGUCCCGGGGGUCAGUGACAUCCAGUCAACGGCCGGUUCUGGUGGACAGAAUCUUUCCCAGAUAUCCCGGCAGAUCAACACGGGUCAGGUGUCGUGGACGGGAAGCCGACCGCCCUUCUCUGGACAGCAGCAGAUUCCGGCUCAGUCCAGUAAGGCUCAGUCCUCACCGUUUGGCAUCGGCUCCAGUCACAGUUACCAGGCCGACCCGUCCUCCUACAGCCCGCUGUCCAGCCCCGCCACCUCCUCACCCUCCGGCAACGCCUACUCCAACCUGGCCAAUCGCAGCACUGCUUUCGAUGUUUCGGGAGAAAGCAGUCAAAGCGGAGGGCAGUUCCAGGGUCGCCCCUCGGAGGUCUGGUCCCAGUGGCAGAGUCAACACCACGGCCAGCAGGGUGGAGAUCCUCACCCCCACACUCAAUCCAACCAGACCGAGGUCUUUCAGGACAUGCUACCGAUGGCCGGGGACCCCACUCAAGGAACAACCAAUUACAACAUUGAAGACUUUGCUGACCUUGGCAUGUUCCCUCCAUUUUCUGAGUAACCGGAUUUGAUUGUUUGUGUGUUUUGUUUUUGGUUCAGACUGCAGUACUUUCAUCUCUUAUGUGCACACGACGCUGCUUCAUUUCAGAAUAUUUGCUCACUUCAAGCGCUCUAUUGACUUUGCUCAGAUGCAGACAAUUACAAACACACAACGACUUGUGUGAAGGCUCUUUGUCACUAAACAGUUGCGGAUUUUUCAGCAAAAUCACACAUGUACAAAAAUCGGCACUAUUGCGAACAGACGUUUGUCUAUAAGAGACGUUUGAUUGUGCUAUUUGUGUUCAGCAGAGAUUGUGGGGGUCUGUUUAAUUUGCAGAGGCCUACUUCUGUUACUGAAUCAGCUGAUUAUACAAUGCUAAACGCGCAUGCAAAUAAAUGACGCUAUUAGCCGAGGCUAUUCGUUCUUGGCGAAGUCCCCAUCUCUAUUUUAUCGUACAGGAAACGUAUUUUCUCAAUUUUUUGUGAUGUGAAGGAAUAAUUUUUCUUCAAGUGUUGCACCUCAUUUCAUGUUGCCAAACAGCAUCUAGCUGACAAAAAAAACCACGCUGUGAUAUUUUUUAACGCCGCGCGAGUACGUAAUAUUGCGAAACGACGCUUAACGUGUAAAAUUUAGUCUAUGUAGUGAUGUCUAUAACCUAGCUGAACUAAUAAUACAUGUAGAUGGAUGUAAAGACAAAAAAGUAUUUGAAUAAAAAAUGUACGAUUUUGAGAAUUUUUUUAACAUUCGUUUCUUACAAAAUUGCUCAGCACCAGCCUCAUACUUAUAUAAGCAAAUGCAUUUGCAGCGUUUAUCGUAAUCUUUGUGGCAGCUGCAAUUUAUUGUUACAAUUAACUUUUGAACUGAUGACUUGGACUUCUACGAUCUUUUUCACAAUGAAACUCGAUGAUGCCACAACUGGACAGAAAAGGACUUGAAAGGGAAUCUAAAUCUUUUUGCUAAACAAAUGGAUGUUUUCAUGUAAAUAAUGUGAUUUUUAUGUUGGACCGUGUUUUAUGUCACAAACCGUUACUACAUACUUGUGUAGGUUAAAUAUCAUUGUAUGCAAUGUGAGUACAUAGGUAACGCUUGUAACUUAGUUAGCUUGUUCAUUGUACAAUGAGUUUAGAAGUGUAUAAAUUGUGUAAAUGUGUUCCAUUAUUUUGUGUAACUUUAUGACUAUAAAUUGUACUCGUGACAGUAAAUUCUCAUUGAAUAUGUGGAUUUAAAUUAAACAGACUCAGCUGUAUUAUUGGGCUGCUGAAUAAACAUUUCAACUGUAAUUAUACAGAAUUUAA